GUGGCAGAACGCGGAAGCGGCGCGGUGCGGCGCCCCCGGCACCGGCAGCGCCAUCGCCGCGAUGUCCUCCGACUUCGAGAGCUACGAGCAGGACUUCGCCGUGCUCACGGCGGACAUCACGGGCCGCAUCGGGAAGGUGCCGAAGCUGGUAGGAGAUGAGAAGAAGCAGAUGGUUGCAAAUGUUGAGAAACAGCUCGAAGAAGCGAGGGAACUGCUUGAGCAGAUGGAACUUGAAGUCCGAGAGAUCCCACCUCAAAGCCGAGGGAUGUACAGCAGUCGAAUGAGGAGCUACAAACAAGAAAUGGGAAAACUUGAAGCUGACUUUAAAAGGUCACGAAUUGCCUACAGUGAUGAGGUGCGGAAUGAACUCCUGGGGGAUGACGGGAAUUCCUCAGAGAACCAGUUGAUAAAAUUACGUGAAGAGAGGGCACAUCUGCUCGAUAACACAGAGAGGCUGGAAAGGUCAUCUCGGAGACUAGAGGCUGGAUACCAAAUAGCAGUGGAAACCGAGCAGAUUGGACAGGAGAUGCUUGAAAACCUCAGCCAUGACAGAGAGAAGAUCCAGCGGGCUCGGGAGAGGCUUAGAGAAGCAGAUGCAAACCUGGGGAAGAGUUCCAGGAUUUUGACGGGAAUGUUGCGAAGGUAAGGCCAAGGAUCAUCCAAAACCGGAUUUUGAUUGUUGUGCUGGCAGUCAUCAUCAUCUUCACCACCAUGAUGGCUAUUUAUUUUUCUGUCAGGGGACGCUGAUAUCUUUGUUCUUCACUAAACAGCAACAAACUGCUUGUUCUGAGUAAUUAAGACAAAGUGGUCACAUGAAUCAUUCUCUUGCACUGACAGAGUCUCCCUCUCUUUUCCACUCUUCAACUCAGGUGCAAGUGGUGUAAAAUAUUUUGUAUUAUUGAUGGCAUAGUUGAUGGCAUGUGGGACUAUUUUUUUCUUACAUAUUUGUCCUUAUCUGAGUGUUUUCAGGAUCUUAAUAUUUGUUGGAAUGAGGACUUGUUCUGGUAUAAAAAGAUUUAAUAUGUGUUGAAUUCACCCACAGACAAAUAGCCUGUAAGUUGUCAGAGUUUCAUGAGGGAAGAGAGUCUUUGCACUUUUCUUGUGCUGUGCAGGGUGUAUGAAUAUCAAGCAGUAUCUGACCUUCUGUGAUUUAAAAUAUAAGUAAAGCAAAGACCAAAUGAUGUAGAAAGUGAACCUGUCUCCUGUGACUAACUCCCAAUCACGCAUCAUCGUAGUAGAUGUAACCUGGUUAAGAACAGUAGCUAGUUUUAAAAAGAGAGCAACCUUAGGCAAGUGUUUAAUAUAUGAUGUAAAUCCAAAACUCAAUUUAACAAUUUUUUGUUAAAGUUAGGCUUUCUUUUCUGCUUAUUCAAAGCAAUUCCACUUUCAUCAAGAUCAUGAAAACACAUCACUUACCUAAAAUGAAGUUAUGGCUACAGCCCAUCUCUUUUAAAUCUUCCAGUGUUGAUAUAUGUACUGAUAAGCAUUACACACUAGGCCCUUAAUGAAGAUAUUUAAAGAUACUUAUCUAUUUGUUGCUGAUUGAAAAGAGAUCUUAAGUAAUAGUUCAGCAACAAAUGUGUGAUUAUAGUGCAUUAAACAAUCUAGAUUUUUAAUACUGGCCUGACUAUGUUGAGACUGCAUGUUGGAGUAUUUUGAGUGUAUUAAAUUCUGAUGUGAUAUUCCUCUUUUUAAGCAGAAACUGUAAAAAUGUUAAUUUAUAUAUGCUUUUAGCUGAUAUAAUAUAUCAUAGUUUCAUCUA